UAGCAAACUCUAGAUUGGGAAAAAAAGAACCUACUCUUUUUUGUAGAGAGAAAAAUCGGACAGGAGUUUUACGCGAGGGAGUCAGUUUUGAACAAGAAGAAAAAAUGUCCUCGCCCAGUGCUGGUAAACGUCGUAUGGACACAGAUGUCAUCAAACUGAUUGAGAGCAAGUAUGAGGUCACCAUUUUAGGAGGCCUGAACGAAUUUGCUGUCAAGUUUUAUGGGCCACGAGGAACACCUUACGAAGGAGGUAUUUGGAAAGUACGAGUGCACUUGCCAGAACACUACCCAUUCAAGUCUCCGUCUAUUGGAUUCAUGAAUAAAGUCUACCAUCCAAACAUUGAUGAAGUAUCAGGAACAGUCUGCCUUGAUGUGAUUAAUCAAGCUUGGACUGCUUUAUAUGAUUUGUCGAACAUCUUUGAAUCUUUUCUACCACAACUUCUGACGUACCCCAAUCCAAUUGAUCCACUAAAUGGAGAUGCAGCAGCUAUGUAUCUUCACAAACCUGAAGAGUACAAGAAAAAAGUGCAGGACUAUGUCAAAAAGUAUGCCACUGAAGAGGCUUUAAGGGAGCAGGAAGCCCAAGAAGCCGCUCACCUAUCGUCCGAUUCGGAAUCCUCUAUGUCGGAUUUCAGUGAGGACGAAGCUCAGGACAUGGAAUUAUGAGUUUUCUCAUCGUUUUGUUUACGUGAAAAUUUCGUCGUUUACCACGUUUUCCCUCGUCUCUCUUUCAUCGAAAUCGCCUCUUGAUUCUUUUUUUUCGUCCUUUUUGGCGGCAUUCAUCGUUUAACGGAAGAAAGGAUUCAUCGUACAAAAAAUUCGUCUCACACCAGGCUUCAUCAUAUAAUAAUUGCGAUAAAUCACUAAUCAUCUCUUGCACCUCCUCUCAUCCUUGUCGUUUGUUAAACAAGCCUCGCAUCUUAAUUGUUCACGGGACGUUUAAUAUCUAAAUUCUGUCUUAGAAAACAAGAAUAAUUUGCCAAAUUUUUUUUUCUUCAUCUCCCAACCGUCGCUCUUUCCCAAUUCUUUUUCACUUGAAGUAAAGAAAGAAAAAAAAAACAAAAAACAAAGUACAUUCAAAAGUGGAGAUGCCUUGAGCAGUCAAGAGAAUAAAUGUUUCAUAGUAAGA